AUGAGCUCGGACAAAGACUACAGUGAGCAACUAUGGACUGAUAUACACGAUCUUUUCCAAGUAUUAGCAGGCAGUAUAAACAGGAAGGAUGAUUUCAACACAUCCGUAUGUAAAGCAGCAUACCCAACAUGGACGUUGACGAGACAUAUGGCGCAAUUCGUUGUAUGCCGGCGUAUUGUCAACAUAUUUCUAUUUAUGGAUAAGAUAGAUAAUGCUGGCGGCACAUGGCGAAGACAGGGUAUAUUUGCAGGGGAUGAGCAAUUGGAGCGUUAUGUUCGGUGUAUGCUUGGGAACAUUGCUAUGGCAGAAUUGUUUAAGAAUAAUUGUAAAGCAGGGGACAUUAUUGCAGAGGUGUCGACACAAAUGCCCGUGUGGAGAGGCUUAGGUGGAUAUGCGGACGGAAGUAAAAUAUGCACGGACAUAAAUUAUGGGAGCCUCAUGCUUGGAUCGAAGUUUGUUGCAGCAACUAUGGCAGGCUGGAUAAGGGAUUGGAGCAUAAAAAAUGGGGCAGGCAAACUAGCAGCAAGGGGGAAAAGAACAUGUAACAACGACAGCACGGAUGCACAGAAGGCAAGCAUGGUACCAGCUGUUAGAAUGUUUCAGGAGGAGGAUAACCCAGUAAUCACGGAGUUAGUGAAGGAAGGGAAGGAUUUGGAAAUGGAGAAGAAGAAGCAACUAGCGGAAGAAUUAGGCGCAAAGAGGGAACAGGACGGAGUAGUGGCCGAUAUAAUGCGAAAGAUAACGGCGGCUGAAGCGAAACUUGGUGUGCGCAGUGAACUCGGGAAACACAGAACAGGUACGGUACAGACACCGUCGCCAUCACCACCAGGACCGUCACAUCACGGUAGUGGGGAAUCGUCCGGGGCCAACCCAGCACCUACAGCAUCGUCGGCAACACCGGUAGAACCGGGAGACAAGGGAAAACCGCCAGGGGCACCGACAGCGACGGAGGCGGCACCGAACACAGAGGGGUCCGGGCAUGACAAGACAAAGGACACGGGGCAGGACACAAAACCUGGGGGCUCUCAGACAACAAAACCGUCAACGACACCACUACCAACAGGUGCAGGUACAGGAAAUAAAGGGGACCCCUCGUCGCAAGGAGCACGAAACACAGACGUAGGCAGAACAGAUCCAUCGGGCGCAGAAGACCCGGUAGGGAAACCGCCGGGGUCAGCGGCACCAGGAUCACAACCACAAGCACCUGCAUCCCCAGUCUUGCCAGCCAGACCACAACCACCUCCACCGCAACCGGCACCAGAACACAAGAACACAGAGGCCGGACCCGUACCACAACCCCCACCUCCGGCACCACCAGGCCGGCCUAGUGGAACAGAGGAUCAAGCAACCACAUCACCACUACCCGCAGCUCCACAGCCGCCUAAGAAGGACGACACUACCCCAGUUACAGCACCGGCAGCAACAUCUCCAGGUAAGGCGACAUGUCCUGGUAGUAACGGCCCAUCUCCAGGUGUCUCCAUUAGUUGUGCGACUACCUCGGAUGAGGCAUUAGGCAUGACACCAGAAGUCACAAAACUCCUGGAACAAGAGGAACAGGAGAAGGUGGCCACUAGUCCUAACCCAAGUUCAGACACAGGUAGUGAGACAACGGUUGAUUCCACGGAAAGUGAAACUACGGCUACGGGGCCAGAGCCACCUCCGCAGAAAUCGGAUAUUAGUGUUCACGACAAUACCGAAGAGAAGGGUGCUUCAGUGAGUACUACACAGGAGAAUACACCAGUUGAUGAUACUGGUAAGCAUGGAAGCACACAUCCUGCUUCAACAUCCACCGAGGAACCGAGCGGGCAGAGUGCGCAUCCGGCUGGUGGCGCAACAGGUUCCACUGCAAAUGACACGGAAGGCUUGGGAUCAGUACAAAACAGUAGCAACUUAUGGGCAAUAGGACCAGUACCCUCCGGUGAUAACCAGGCUGAUGGCAACGGUGGUGGACAAAAUGCACUGAAGGAUUAUGGCGGCGAUAACUUAAAGUGCACACAGAACCCUUCUGAUAAGAGGUGUGAUCUUAAGCUCAAAAUACCCUUUAAACCAAACAAAAAUCUAUCCGAUGGACACUUUGGACCAGGUCCUACACCCGAUAUAAAAACUAUAAAACCAAGCGAAUCGGGUGAGACCGGUGGUCCCUUCUUCCCUGACCUAACCGCCGACGUCUUUACCGCCACUACCCCGAUCCUUUUGUUCGUCGCUGCCGUCACCGUCGCCCUUCUUGGUUAUUCCCUUUGGAAGUACUUUGCGUACCUCGGAACAAAACGACGACGAACAUAUCGCACCGUUCGUGACGUCCCGUCACCGCCACUCGACGAAGAAAUAUUGGAGCAUCUACAACGCGGCGAGCCCCCACCCGAUUACGGGUACAAAAUGGUUACGCAACCUGCGUCAACAUCCGCACGACGACGACGUCAUCCACGCGUGAAUCACCGCACGAUCAUUGAACUACAUCUAGAAGUGCUCCACGAAUGUGAAGCAACCGAGUGGGAAAACGUCAAAGAGGACUAUUGGCAGAUUGUAUUGCAGGAGUUUGCGCAGGAUUUGAUGCGGGACCAGGAAACGAAUAACAAUAUCGUGGGUGUGUCUACCACAAAGCAGGGUUUAUCAGGGCACAAUGUUUCAUCCACCGUGGAUCCAUCCACUGACACCGAAGGCACGCACGCAUCUCCACCUAACAAAGAGCACCCCGAUCCAUGGAGUUGUAUGCAAACCAUGCAGUUCGCAACGGGCCCUUGUCCACCACAUGAUCCCGAUCCAUGGAGUUGUAUGCAAACCAUACGGUUAGAAACGGAUCCUUGUCCACAUAAUGAAGAUGACCCCGAUCCAUGGAGUUGUAUGGAAUCCAUACAGUUAGACCAUGAACAAACUCGCACUUCCGCCCACGGUGACGAGACGGCGGCGUGCACCCAAUGGAUUAACUGGAUUGACCGCAACAAAUACCUUUUGCGGGCGUGCACGACGCAGCCGUGGUUUCUGCAAUUGAAAUCGCAAUGGAAACAAUACCUGCGUGAGCACAUGGCGACAAACGAAGACAACGUAGUAUACGGGCACAGUGAGUUCGGUGAAGCGGCAACCCUGCCGAUGAAGAAACUGGACUUGUGGAAAGAAUGGGUAGCGCAACAACAUGCGCUUAUGCAUAUAUAUGGUGCGGAGGAGUGGUUUAAACAUUUGUUGAAUAGUGUACAGGAGCAGACAGUGCCGGCAACAGGCGACGUACCUGGAGUUGAAACACACGUAGAAGUGGAAAAGACACAAUUAAUGCGCGAGGUCAACAUUAUCUUCCCAGAAGUAACACGGUCCAUCAACCAACAUAGCGGCCAGAACGCCGGUAUUUGUGGAAUUAUAUAUGACGGGACGCAUACAAAUGUGGCUACAUGCAAAAGCAGGUGUAUGGAAAUUGUGAACAUUAUGCUCUACAUAAGAGGAUAUACUUACAAUGCAAAAAAUGGCACGUGGAACAAAAGAGCAGUACGCGAGAGAACGCGCACGAUGUUCCAUGAAUAUUUGAGGUGUACACUUGCGACUGAAGUUUUAGUACAGGUGUAUGGGCAAACUAGUGACCACCAGGAAGUAAUAAAGAAAGUUAAGGCAGAACUGGAGAAAACGGAUACACCAGGGCAAAAGCAAUAUGAGCCAGGGGUGUGUGAGGGUAGGGACUAUGGGGACGUAAUAUUCGGAUCGACGCGUAUUGGAACAGGCCUACAGAAGCGCAUACACGAAUGGAGUGCAGGUUUGCCACGAGGCAACACCGGAACUACACACGGCACAGGACAAACGUGUGCUUGGGCAGCCAAGGACGGGGAGGAAAGUGAUCACACAUGUAAUGAAGAGGCCGGGGCGACACCGACGAACUCUGAGCUCAUGCGCAGAAUACUGUACUGGACGCAAGAUCUUCUCUAUCCUCGGGUGAAACAGUUGUUACAGGAAAUGACGGACGGACGCGUGCCCGGGGGCAAAUGUGAAAUAGAGAAGAAGAUUAACCAGAAGAUAGAGGACACGGUGCAGCAAGUGAAGAAAACAGCGGACAAGCGGGAUGAAGGCACUGUGCAGGUGACGGCAUCGGGAUCAAAAGAUACAGCAGGAGCAAAGAGUGCACCGCACCACCACCACAACCGGUCAAGCCGGCUACAGCUGCCAAACCAGUAG